AUGAGCGACAAAAUUAGCCGGUGGAAUGUCGUCCACCGAUUCGAGAAGCGGGCGCUUCUCAUCGCCAUCAACUGUGUCGCCGCCCUGUCGAUUCUGAUGUUCGGUUACGACCAGGGUCUGAUGAGCGGUGUGAAUAAUGCCAAGGACUACAUCGACCUGAUGGGGUUCGGGUAUACAAAGUAUGUCGACGGCACAUUGACACCGGUCGUCACCAAUACUCUGCUACAAGGAGGCAUUGUAUCUGUGUAUUAUCUGGGCACGCUGUUCGGUGCUUUGUUCGGAGGCUGGGUGGGAGACCGGAUUGGGAGAAUCAAGACAAUCGCGCUAGGGGCUGUUUGGGGGGUUUUUGGAGCCUCCUUGCAGACGUCUGCUCAGAACCACAAUUGGAUGAUUUGCGCUCGUGCCAUCAAUGGAAUCGGAACUGGAAUCCUCAAUGCCAUUAUCCCAGUAUGGGCCACAGAGACUAGUGAACACACAUCGCGUGGCCAAUUCAUUGCGAUUGAAUUCACAUUGAAUAUUUUCGGUGUCGUUAUUGCUUAUUGGAUGGAAUUUGGUCUAUCCUUCGUUGACGGGGGUAAAUCAGCGAUCCGAUGGCGGUUCCCGAUUGCCUUCCAGAUCAUCUUCCUCCUUGUCCUCUUCGCUGCCGUCUGGUUCUUCCCAGAAUCGCCGCGUUGGUUGGUCAAGAUGGGGCGAGAAGACGAAGCUCGAUAUAUCCUCGGCCGUCUACGUGGCGACUCUGAGGAGGACCGCGUCAGAGCAGAUUCCGAGUUUCGCGAUAUCCUGAAUAUCGCUGAACUGGAAAAGUCCAUUGCUCAUAACCACUCGUAUUUGGCUAUGCUGUUUGGAUACAAGUCGGGAAAACUGCAUCUUGGGCGCCGCGUUCAAUUAGUCAUCUGGCUACAGAUCAUGCAGGAAUGGGUCGGCAUUGCUGGUGUGACACCAUGUGAUUUUACCAUUCUAACAAGAUAUUCAGAUGCGCCGACUAUCUUUUCAAUCGCUGGUUUCAAUGCCGAAAAGAGCCAGUGGAUCAGUGGAUUAAAUAACGUGUUUUACAUGUUUGCAACGCUGAUCUGUGUUUUUACACUGGACCGGAUUGGCCGAAGAUGGACUCUUUAUUGGGGCUCAGUUGCACAAGGAAUUGCCAUGUUCCUUGCCGGCGGCUUCUCACGACUCGGUAUCAAUGCUACCGCAGCAGGAGACACCGUCAAGGCAUCACAAUACGGAGCCGCGGCAGCUUCCAUGGUGUUCAUUUUCACCUUCGUCUUCGGGGCGACAUGGCUGACUGUGCCCUGGCUGUACCCAGCUGAGAUCUUCCCUCUAGCCGUACGUGCUCGUGGAAAUGCAUGGGGUGUUGUUGGAUGGAGUAUUGGCAACGGCUGGUUGACCCUCCUCUGUCCAACGAUGUUCGGCAAAAUCGGCGAAAAGACUCUAUACAUAUUCGGCAUUGCCAACGUGAUCACCAUCCCAAUGGUCUGGGCACUGUACCCGGAAAGCAAUCAGCGCACGCUCGAAGACAUGGACCUGCUAUUCGCCGCCGACACGCCAUGGAACUGGGAUGCAGAAAGCACUUUUGCCAGAUUGAAGGCUGAGAAUCCGGAUCUGGUUGCUGCUGGCAGUCGCAAGAAUAGUGUUAUCGAUCCAGAGACGGGCAAGCCCACGCGAGGGGAGAUUUCGUUGACUCUGUAA